AUGCAAUUCUCAAAGAUCAGCCUUGCCGCCGCGGCGCUCUACUCCUCUAUUGUCUACGCCCAGGGACAGGUCAAGGUCCAUGUGGUUACGGUUUCCGGCAAGACCAACACUCUCACUUUCUCCCCAAACAACCUCGUCGCUGAGGUCGGCGACAUGGUUCAGUUCCAGUUCGGCGUUGGAAACCACACCGUCACCCAGUCCACCUUCGAUGCGCCAUGUCUACCUAUGGGAGGUGCUGGCACGAACACCACUGCUAUCAGCACUGGAUUCAUGCCUGUGGCAGCCAACGCAACGACCGCUCCGCUAUACACGAUCCCCAUCGUCAACAAGACUCCAAUCUGGCUGUACUGCGCCCAGGGCAAGCAUUGCCAGAAAGCCAUGGUGAUGGUCAUCAACGAGAACACCGCUAAGAACGCAUCCCGCUCCCUCAACGCCUACAUUGCUGGCGCUGCAGCCGCACCGGUCAGCGUGGCACCAAGUGGAAACACCAACACUGGAACAAACGCCGGCUCUGGAAACAAAUCGAACACUAGCUCUGGCUCCGACUCUGGAUCUAGCACUGGCACCGACACCACCACUUCUGGCACCAACACCACCUCUAGCACUGGUACCAGUUCUGGAAAAGGCACCAGCGCUGGCUCUGUCGGUGCUGGUUCGGGCGUCAAAAACUCUACCACCAUUCCAGGCGGCGGUGCCGGCACUCUUAACGCACCAUACUUGGCUGGUCUCAUCGCUCUCGGUGCUGCCAUGUUACUGUAG